UUCUUCCCAAAAGAGCUCAGCUUUCAUAAUCGUCCCGCCAAAGGGUUUAAGCAUUUUUUCUGCAAAACCCUUGGUUUCCAGGGAUCCGGAGCUCGAAUUGAGAAAAUAUCUCGAAAAUGAGCUUCGCCGCGUAUCGAAUGAUGCAUUUGCCGACCGGCAUAGAGAACUGCGCCUCCGGCUUCAUCACGCACUCGGCCGCCGAUUUCAGCCCCCAAGUUCAGACGGAAGACCUUGAUUCCGACUGGCCAGCUGCCAAGCCGCUUGGUCCAGUCCCAAACCUCGUCGUCAGCUCCGCUAAUGUCCUAGAAAUUUAUGUUGUUAGGUUUCAGCAGGCCACUUCCAGAGACUCUAAGCAGCAGCUGGAAGCUAAGCGCGGCGGUGUAAUGGCCGGCAUUGCCGGCGCUUCUCUGGAGCUUGUCUGCCACUACAAGUUACACGGGAAUAUUUACUCGAUGGGGGUGUUAUCCGCUGGGGGAGUUGAUGCUGGGAAGAGAAGGGACUCCAUAAUUUUGGCAUUUGAGGAUGCAAAGUUUACCGUGCUCGAAUUUGAUGAUUCCAUACAAGGUCUUAGGAUCAGCUCAAUGCACUGUUUUGAAGGUCCAGAUUGGCUUCAUUUAAGAAGAGGUAAAGAAUCAUUCGAAAGAGGUCCACUUGUUAAGGUUGAUCCCCAGGGAAAGUGUGCUGGAGCCUUGGUUUUUGAGCAACAGAUGAUAAUACUCAAAGCUGCUGAGGCCAGCUCUGCUUUAGUUGGUGAAGACAAUGCUAUCAAUGCAGGAGGUACACUUUCUGCUCGGGUUGAGUCAUCACAUAUCAUCAAUCUACGAGAUCUUGAUGUGAAACAUGUGAAAGAUUUUACAUUUGUACAUGGGUAUAUUGAACCUGUCAUGGUUAUCCUUCAUGAACGGGAGCUUACUUGGGCUGGGCGUGUCUCAUGGAAACAUCAUACUUGUAUGAUUUCAGCAUUCAGUAUAAGUACAACACUGAAGCAGCCUCCAUUGAUAUGGUCACAUGCUAGUUAUCCGCAUGAUGCAUAUAAGCUUCUUGCGGUGCCAUCUCCUGUUGCUGGAGUUCUUGUACUUGGAGCAAACACUAUUCAUUAUUAUAGUCAGUCAGCUUCGUGUGCAUUGGCUCUAAACAGUUUUGCUCUCUCUGUUGAUAGUCCAGAAACUUCAAGAACUUCUUUCAGUGUGGAGCUUGAUGCUGCUAAUGCCGCUUGGUUGGCAAAUGAUGUUGUGAUGCUGUCAACAAAGACAGGGGAACUGCUUUUGUUAACGCUUGUACAUGAUGGAAGAAUUGUGCAGAGGCUUGAUCUUUCAAAGUCAAGAGCUUCAGUGCUUACAUCAGGAAUUACAACUGUUGGGACCUCAUUAUUCUUUUUGGGGAGUCGAUUGGGAGAUAGUCUGCUUGUGCAAUUUACUAGUGGUCUAGGAGCACCUGUGUUGCCUUCUGGGGUGAAAGAUGAGGUUGGAGAUAUUGAAAAUGAUGCCCCUGCUAUGAAGAGGCUCAGGAUGUCUUCAUCUGAUGCUUUGCAAGAUAUGCUCAAUGGAGAAGAACUGUCACUGUAUGGUACAUCACCAAAUAAUGCACAGUCAGCACAGAAGACCUUCUCAUUUGCAGUGAGGGAUUCUUUGAUCAAUAUUGGCCCUCUGAAAGAUUUUUCUUAUGGUUUGAGAAUAAAUGCUGAUCCAAAUGCCACAGGAAUUGCUAAACAAAGUAACUAUGAACUGGUGUGUUGUUCAGGUCAUGGGAAGAAUGGUGCUCUUUGUGUGCUCCAACGAUCAAUUCGCCCAGAAGUCAUGACUCAAGAAUCAUUGCCUGGUUGCAAGGGAAUUUGGACUGUUUAUCACAAGAGCACACGCAGUAACCUUAUUGAUUCUUCCAAAGUUGCAGAUGAUGAUGAUGAGUAUCAUGCAUAUUUGGUUAUUAGUUUGGAGUCUCGCACUAUGGUUCUGCAAACUGCCAAUAAUUUGGAGGAGGUUACAGAAAAUGUAGACUAUUAUGUUCAGGGAGCCACUCUUGCUGUUGGAAAUCUAUUUGGGAGGCGCCGUGUUAUACAAGUGUUUGGUCAUGGUGCUCGGAUUCUUGAUGGAUCUUUUAUGACUCAAGAGCUGAGCUUCAAGGCCUCAAACAUGGACUCUGCUUCAGGUUCUGAGGGUAUUGCAGUAUGUUCUGUUUCAAUUGCUGAUCCUUAUGUGUUGCUACGCAUGACAGAUGGAAGUAUUCAGCUUCUUGCCGGUGACCGUUCUACAUGCACUGUUUCUACCACAAUUCCAGCAAUAUUUGGAAGCUCAAAGAAGUUAAUUUCUUCUUGUACACUCUAUAGUGAUGAAGGUCCUGAGCCAUGGCUCCGCAAAACUAGUACUGAUGCUUGGCUUUCUACUGGCAUUGGGGAGACAAUUGAUGGUGCUGAUGGUAUGGCUCAUGAUCAGGGAGAUGUCUACUGCGUUGUUAGUUAUGAAGAUGGUAAUCUUGAAAUACUUGAUGUGCCAAAUUUUACUUGUGUUUUCUCUGUGGAUAAGUUUGUGUCUGGGAGGAGCUACCUUGUUGACACCUUAAUCCAAGAUCCAUCUCAUGAGUCUCGUCAAACAAGUUCUGAAGAUGUUACCAGACAUUUAAAAAAGGAAAAUAUCCAGAACAUCAAGGUAGUUGAGUUGGCCAUGCAGAGGUGGGCAGGGCAACAUAGCCGCCCGUUUCUUUUUGGAAUUUUGUCUGAUGGGACAAUUCUCUGCUACCAUGCCUAUAUUUUUGAAGGUUCAGAAAAUUAUUCUAAAGACAUUUCUUCACAGAGUUCUAUUAAUCCUACUAGUGUAAAUGCUUCUAGGCUUAGAAAUUUAAGAUUUGUACGAGUCCCACUUGAAAAUUAUACAAGAGAGGAGAUAUCAUCUGGAAACCCAGUACAACGUAUAAACAUUUUUAAGAAUGUUGGUGGUCUUCAAGGAUUGUUCCUUGCUGGGUCUAGGCCAGCUUGGUUUAUGUUGUUUCGUGAACGGCUCCGAAUGCAUCCCCAGCUUUGUGAUGGACCUAUUGUUGGCUUUACUGUUCUUCACAAUGUUAGCUGUAAUCAUGGGCUUAUAUACAUAACUGCACAGGGUGCUCUAAAAAUUUGCCAACUUCCAUCUCUAUUAUCCUAUGACAACUAUUGGCCAGUUCAGAAGAUUCCAUUGAAGGGGACUCCACAUCAAGUCACUUAUUAUGCUGACAAGAAUUUAUAUCCGCUAAUAGUUUCAGUUCCGGUUCUCAAGCCCCUUAAUCAAGUCAUUUCAUCUCUAACUGAUCAAGAUGUUAGUCUGCAAACCGAUCCUGAAAAUUUAAAUUAUGAAGGAACUUAUCAUAUUGAAGAAUUUGAGAUUCGUAUUAUGGAACCUGAAAAAUCUGGUGGGCCGUGGCAAACAAGGGCAACCAUUCCUAUGCAAAGCUCUGAAAAUGCUCUGACUGUGCGAGUGGUUACACUACUUAAUACCACUACUAGAGAAAAUGAAACACUUUUGGCAGUUGGAACUGCUUAUGUGCAAGGGGAGGAUGUUGCUGCAAGGGGUCGUGUGUUGUUAUUUAAUGUUGACAGGACUAAUGACAAUUCUCGGACUCCGGUCUUGGAAGUCUUUUCCAAGGAGUUCAAGGGUGCUAUUUCUGCUCUAGCUUCACUUCAAGGUCAUUUGUUGAUAGCUUCAGGCCCUAAAAUUAUCUUACACAAAUGGACGGGUUCUGAACUAAUCGUCAUUGCAUUCUAUGACGUUCCUCCUCUUCAUGUUGUGAGCUUGAAUAUUGUUAAGAAUUUCAUCCUUCUUGGAGACAUUCACAAAAGCAUAUACUUCCUCAGUUGGAAGGAGCAGGGAUCUCAACUUAAUUUAUUGGCAAAGGAUUUUAGCUCACUUGAUUGCUUAGCAACAGAAUUUUUGAUUGAUGGAAGCACUCUCAGUCUUGUAGUUUCAGAUGAUCAAAUGAAUGUUCAGAUAUUCUAUUAUGCUCCAAAGAUGUCAGAAAGUUGGAAAGGACAGAAGCUGCUGUCUAGGGCAGAGUUCCACGUUGGUGCUCGUAUCUCCAAGUUCUUGCGAUUACAGUUGCUUCCGAAUUCUCCUGAUCGAACCAGUGCUGCUCCAGUCUCGGAUAAAACAAAUCGCUUUGCUUUAUUAUUUGGUACAUUGGACGGUGGGCUUGGAUGUAUAGCACCUUUGGAUGAACUCACUUUUCGCAGGCUUCAGUCAUUGCAGAAAAAGCUAGUAGAUGCUGUUCCCCAUGUAGCAGGACUAAACCCAAAAUCUUUUCGACAAUUCCAUUCUAAUGGAAAGGCUCAUCGGCCUGGCCCUGAAAACAUUGUAGAUGGCGAAUUGCUUUUCCAUUAUGAGAUGCUGAAAUUGGAGGAACAGCUAGAGAUCGCCCACCAGAUUGGAACUACAAGGACCCAGAUAAUGUCCAAUCUUAAUGACUUGACAAUUGGCACAAGCUUCUUGUAGUAAUUUCCUGUGUCUCGCUUUUCAGAAAUGCGCAAUGCUCUCAACUAAUUUUGCAGCUGUACAUUUUUAUCAGGAAAAGUUUAACUCUCUUUUAUACUUGCUUGAAGCCUGUUUCUUUGCCUCCACUGACCUGUAUCCUUAAAUAGAAAAUCCUCAGCACUGUAAUUGUAAUUGUAAUUUUUAAUGUUGUAUUCUCUGUUCUCCUAGAUGUUGGUGUUGUUGAACACUCAAAUUUGAUCAUAUGUAUAUUUUUUAAAAAAUGAUUUUAAUUACUGUUAA